UUUUUUUUAUUUUGUGCACAUCGAUGUCGGCCCUCAUCUCCGCCUUAUCUCAUUCCACAGGUGGCUGCAACUGAGAUUAUAGAAACUCCAUUGCUGGCAAGGUUCUUUUAUCAUGGGAAACAAGCCUGCAAAGCAAGAACGACGAGAAGAGAUCAUCUUGAAAAUUGUACCACCAUUGGACCAAGCCUAUGUUCGAUGGCUUGCUCGGGAUAUAGAGAGGAUACACGGUUUUACUCCGAGAAACCCUCGAGCAGUAAAACCCCCAGAUCACUACAUUGAGUACAUGCGUUUGAAUGGUGGGUUAGAUGUAGACUUGGAUGAUCCGGAUUUGGUCCAUUUGUUAAAGUAAACUUUUGUCAUAAAAGGUUAUGAAUUGAGCGUGGAAUUGGAAGGUAUGUUGAACUAUGUUACUGUUGUAAAUGCUUGAAACAGCUUUCUGUUUUGCAAGAUGGACAA